CAGUUCUCCUGAAUGUAUACAAGUACUCUACCUGGACUAAAAUUGCUAGAUAGAAAGGUAGUUCUCCACAUGGCUUCAGAAGGAGUGACCGUUACAGUCCGCCUCAUCCGCUCAUUUGAGCAUCGAAACUUCAAGUCUGUAGUUUAUCACAAAGUUAACUUGGACCAAACUGUAAAGGAAUUUAUAGUGUUUCUUAAAAAAGAUGUCCCUUUAAGGACCAGCCUGCCUCCACCAUUAAGAAGUUAUAAGUAUGAUAAACUGAAGAUUAUUCAUCAAGCACAUAAAUCAAAGACGAAUGAACUUGUAUUGAGUUUGGAGGAUGAUGACAAACUACUGUUAAAAGAAGAUAGCACCCUAAAAGCUGCUGGAAUCGCCAAUGAAACUGAAAUUGCAUUCUUCUGUGAAGAAGAUUACAGAAACUACAAAGCUAAUCCCAUUUCAUCCUGGUGAAAACCUCACAGGCUUCCCUUUUGCAUACCUGUAUUAAGCUCUUUAUUCCACCUGUGAGUUUUUGAAAUUGACAAAUAAAUUUACAAAAUUAAUCCCAGA